GCGCGGCGCAGUGCAGGAGCCGGGCCGGCAGCGGGGCUUGGCCGGCGGCAGCAGCAGGAGCAGGGCGCAGGCAGCACCGCCGCUUCGCCGCCGUCUGGCGGAGCGGGGCGAAGCGAAGCGGCCGGAGGGUCACGCCGCGCCCCCUCGCUGCUCUCUCCCCCCGCGUUCCCCUGAGCCGCUCCCCGCCCGGGUCCCGCGGGUGCAGCAUGAAGUGCGGCGAUGGCCCGGAGAGGUAAGACGGCGGUGAGAACGCUGGAAGACCUGACGCUGGACUCCGGGUAUGGUGGUGCGGCGGACUCGGUGCGCUCCUCCAACUUGUCGCUGUGCUGCUCGGAUUCGCACCCCGCGUACCCCUAUGGAGGAAGCUGCUGGCCGCACCUAACUGACUCCAUGCACAGUCGGCACAACAGCUUCGACACCGUCAACACCGUCCUAGCGGAAGACUCCGAGGUGCUGGACUGCGCGGGGCAGCAGUGCUCCCGGCUCCUGCCCGACCUUGAGGAGGUCCCCUGGAGCCUGGAGGAGGUGGAGGCACUGCUGCUGCCGCCGCCGCCGCGCCGGGAGCCGCGGGCGCCGGGCGCCGCCAGCCCCGGGAGUCGGGAUGCGGCGGCGCGGCUCUCGACGCUGGUGAGCCGGGCGCUGGUGCGCAUCGCUCGGGAGGCGCAGAGACUGAGCCUCCGCUUCGCCAAGUGCACCAAACACGAGGUGCGGAGCGCCAUGGAGAUCGUCCUGGGCUGGACGCUGGCGGCCCGCUGCACAGCAGCCGCCCUCGGCGCCCUCUCCCUCUACAACAUGAGCAGCAGCGGCGGUGACCGCUUCAGCCGCGGCAAGUCGGCGCGGUGCGGACUGGCCUUCUCCGUGGGCAAGUUCUACCGGUGGAUGGUGGACAGCCGCGUGGCCCUGCGCAUCCAUGAGCAUGCCGCCAUCUACCUCACCGCCGGCACCGAGAGCCUCUUCCGUGACAUCCACGCGCGGGUGCUGGCCGGCCCCGCCGCCCCGCUCCCGCCGCCCGGCCGCCCCACGGCCGCCGCCGCCCCGGCCGAGAAGGAGAAGGAGAGUGGCGAGGCGCCCCGCUUCACCCUGGAGGCUCUGGAGCAGACGGUCAACAAUGACCCCGAGCUCUGGGGCUUGCUGCAGCCCUACCAGCACCUCAUCUGCGGAAAGAACGCCAGCGGUGUUCUCUGCCUGCCAGACAGCUUGAACCUUCACAAGGACCAGCAAAGGUCAAACAAGCCUGGGGAGGUGCAGAUGUUCAGCCAGUCAGAGCUAAGGACCAUCGAGCAGUCUCUGCUUGCCACACGUGUGGGGAGCAUCGCUGAACUCAGUGACCUGGUGUCUCGAGCGAUGCACCACCUGCAGCCCCUCAAUGCCAAGCAGCACGGGAACGGGACACCGAUGCACCAGAAGCAGGGAUCCUUCUACUGGGAGCCAGAGGCUCUGUAUACCCUGUGCUACUUCAUGCACUGCCCACAGAUGGAGUGGGAAAACCCCAACGUGGAGCCCUCAAAAGUCACGCUGCAGACUGAGAGGCCGUUCAUCGUGCUGCCGCCGCUGAUGGAGUGGAUCCGGGUGGCGGUGGCUCACGCCGGGCACCGCCGCAGUUUCUCGGUGGACAGCGAUGACGUGCGGCAGGCGGCCCGGCUCCUGCUGCCGGGAGUUGACUGCGAGCCCCGACAGCUCAAGAUUGACGACUGUUUCUGUGCCUCUCGCAAGCUGGAUGCAGUUGCCACCGAGGCCAAGUUCAAGCAGGACCUGGGUUUUCGGAUGCUCAACUGUGGCCGGACGGAUCUGGUUAAGCAAGCCAUAUCCUUGCUGGGGCCGGAUGGGAUCAACAGCAUGAGCGAGCAGGGCAUGACUCCACUGAUGUAUGCUUGUGUCAGGGGUGAUGAGGCUAUGGUGCAGAUGCUGCUAGAUGCUGGAGCAGAUCUGAAUGCUGAGGUUGUCAGUACUGCUCAUAAAUACCCAUCCGUCCACCCUGAGACCCGCCAUUGGACAGCUCUGACAUUUGCUGUGUUGCAUGGACAUAUUCCUGUAGUUCAGCUAUUGCUGGAUGCUGGAGCAAAGGUAGAAGGUUCCUUAGAGCAUGGAGAAGAAAAUUACUCUGAAACUCCUUUACAGCUGGCAGCAGCUGCCGGAAAUUUUGAACUGGUUAGUUUACUUUUGGAGCGAGGAGCUGACCCCAUGAUAGGCACAAUGUACAGGAAUGGCAUUUCCAUGACUCCACAAGGUGACAUGAACUCUUUCAGUCAGGCUGCUGCACAUGGACACAGCCAUCCAGAGGAACAUAGAUACAGGAAUGUUUUCCGCAAGCUGCUUGCUCAGCCGGAGAAGGAGAAGAGCGAUAUCCUGUCACUGGAGGAGAUCCUGGCCGAGGGCACGGACUUGCCCGAUGCGGCGGCAGCUCCGCUCUGCGCCAGCCGCAACAGCAAGGCCAAGCUGAAGGCACUGAAGGAGGCCAUGUACCACAGUGCCGAGCACGGCUACGUGGACGUCACCAUCGACAUCCGCAGCAUAGGGGUUCCCUGGACGCUGCACACGUGGCUGGAGUCUCUGCGCACGUCCUUCCAGCAGCACCGACGGCCCCUCAUCCAGUGCCUGCUGAAGGAGUUCAAGUCCAUUCAGGAGGAGGAGUACACUGAGGAGCUUAUCACACAAGGGCUACCUCUGAUGUUUGAGAUACUGAAGGCCAGCAAGAACGAGGUGAUCAGCCAGCAGCUCUCUGUCAUUUUCACUCAUUGCUAUGGACCCUACCCAAUUCCAAAGCUUGUGGAAAUUAAGCGCAAGCAGACCUCCCGCCUGGAUCCUCAUUUUCUUAACAAUAAAGAGAUGUCAGAUGUCACAUUUCUGGUGGAAGGAAGACCAUUUUAUGCACAUCGAGUGUUGCUAUUUACUGCAUCACCAAGGUUUAAAGCAUUGCUGUCUAGCAAGCCUUCAUCUGAUAGUACUUGUAUUGAGAUCAACUAUGUGAAGUACCCCAUCUUUCAGCUGGUUAUGCAGUAUCUUUAUUAUGGAGGUGCAGAGUCACUCCUGAUUAAAAAUAAUGAAAUUAUGGAGCUUCUCUCUGCUGCUAAAUUUUUCCAGCUUGAAGCUUUACAACGACACUGUGAGAUCAUUUGUGCAAAAAGCAUUAAUACAGAAAACUGCGUGGAUAUUUAUAAUCACGCCAAGUUCCUCGGCGUCACAGAACUAUCUGCCUAUUGUGAAGGCUACUUUCUAAAAAAUAUGAUGGUCCUCAUUGAAAACGAAGCUUUCAAACAGUUGUUGUAUGACAAGAAUGGAGAAACAUCUGGUCAGAAUGUACUAGAGGACUUACAGAGGACGUUGGCCACAAGAAUUCAGUCAAUUCAUUUGUCUUCUUCAAAGGGCUCCGUUGUAUAAAGCUGAGGAAGAUGGUAACCCUCUAAUCAAAGACCCUGCAAAUUAAGUCUGCUGUUGCAGUUGCUCAAACCUGUUGCAACUGCUUAAAUGACUACCACAAAAAAGAAAAUGUAAAAAAUUCUACAUCGCAUCCAAAUAGUUCUGUUUCGGCCAAAGGUGCUGCUCUGGGGCUGUGUCCCCACCUGGAUGAGAGAAUACAGAAACCAAGUUCCUCUCUGGUUUUGAGCAAGCUGGGUACCGGAGUAUCUGGUGAAUUGCCCUUAUACUCACAUUCUGAACACGAGCCUGUUCUUGGAGCUUGAUGCCAACAAAAGCCAGAACUCACAUCAGUGAACAGCAGAAGUCCCUGCCUGAAGGGUAGUGCUGGGGAACACCUGAAUUGACCAAUUAAUCAUUUAAGUCAGAUUUGUUCCAGUGUUACACAGUUAAGAACUAUAUAUAUCCCAGAAUUCAUUAUCUCGUGCAUUUAAGAAAUGUAAGAACUGUUACUGCUGUCCAGCAAAGAUCAGCUGUAUUAGAGAGUGGGUAAAACUGUUAUAGUUGAGGAAAUAUAAUGGCAGAUUUUUAGGGGUGGGAACUUUUUAAACUGUUCAUAAAAAAUAAUGGGGUGGCCUUGUAGUUUAAAACCUAUUUCUUAAGCUUAAAAUUUCAUUUUCAACAGAGCUGUGUUUGAGAAUCUAUGUAACAUGUUUUGGUUUUUUAAAUGGUAAAAUGUACAUUGUGUAAACAUACGUAUGAUCAAGUUUUGCUUGUAUUCUUUCCUAGGGUGGUAUAAUCUUGCCUAAGAGGCUAUGGUUACACCAAAGAGGCACAUUACCCAGACUGUCUCUAAUACAGUAGUUGGGGGGACAGGAGAACUGCAUGCUACUUGUGAUUUGGGGUUGAAAUCAAUGACAAACUCAACAAACAUGCGUUUGCAUGGUAACUGUACCUGUGAAAUGUUACGUUCGUGCUUUGUUUUGCCAAGACAAAUUCAAUGUUACUUCUUGUCAAACUUCAUUUGUGAAAUUAGCAUAUUUUUUAAUCUGGUGCAAUUGGCUGCAAUAUGAUACCCCUGGAGCUCCUUCUCGAGAUGCUGAUUUCUGUUUGUUGCAGUGAAGAGAUAAUAACAGAUCUUUAGUGAUGUGUGGAUAUUUUGCUACUGGCCAGAGAUUGUGUCUGAGUUAGACUUUUUAAAAUUAUAAUUAAAUAUGUACAAUAGAAUAAUUUCUCACUGUAUCCUGAGAAUGUGUAGGUAAUCUAAAAUGCAGGGCUUGGGUGGGGUGAGGGGUGUGAUUUAAAUGUCAAAGCUGUGUUUAUUUUGCAGCAUAUUGUUAGCAAGACAAAUCUGCUGUAUGCCACAACAUUCGAAUGCCCUCUCUCUGAAAACCACAGUAAGAAGUAGGCAAAGAUGUUGCCUUCUCCGUGGCAAAGUGACAUUCAUACAUUUGUUUUCUAGUGUGCCAUUCUGAGAAAUUUACUUGUUUGCAUGUUAACCUCUUCCUUUUGCUGAAGCAUCAGGUGCCCUUCCAUGUUCCAGCUUUUGAUGUGCUCAGAGAAAGUUUUGGUUUUAGCUAUCAACACAGUAGGAAGCUAUUUUAUGACUCUGAGGUAUAAAUCCUCCUUUGUGCUUGGUCUUCUAAAGCCUCUGCCGUUUCUGCAACAAAUGAAAAAAUGUCUGAACUGCCACUAAUGUUGCAGAGAAACAGCAUGUCGGUCAAUUAGAUCUUGUUUUCUGCACAGUAGACCUUCACACAAGAUGUUGUCUGGAACUUUUAAGUAGUAGCCACUCUGUGUGAAUAUUGUGGUCAUAGAGAAGCAAGACCAUAGUUAAUACAGCAGCAACACACAGGAGUGCUUGUUGUUGCUUGGUGUGCCUUCUCAUCCAUGGAAACCCAUCCUUCUAUGACAAAAAUAACUAGCUAAGAGCAGGCCUCACCCUGCAGCCCCAUGGUUUAAAAUAGCCAAGUUUUUCAAACAAUAAUCAUUACAUAUUAAAUGGGAGGGAAGCUCUGGUAACUCCAUGCUAGUCCUUCUUCUGAGUUGAGAGUAUCUGUGGUAAAAUUCACUAGGUUUCUUUCAGCAAUAAAGGCCUUAGUAGGUCCUUUGGUGGCUGUACAUGGUGCUCACUGUGUUUGGGCACCCUGAGCUGUUACAGGAAGGGACUGCAGCUAAGGAUUUAUACAGGAAUAACUUUUGCCUUUGGAAAUGCUAGUAAUCCAAACAUCACAGAUGUAUAGCUGAGCUGAAGGAAACCUUAAGAAAAAAGUUAUAAUUUUCAAUUCUUUUUUGAGCAGUGGUCCCCAGGACUUACACCAUCAGAAGAGCCAGUCUGUGUAAACCUGGCAUUCAUUUCUCCUGGAAGCAGCCAGCAAACCUUUGUGGAUCUGCAAACCAGAGUUUGGAAAUGGUGAUUUUCAGUCUGCAUCUCCUGAGGUGAGGCUGGGUGAGAUCCAGCUAAACCAUGCCAGACAACGUGCAGCUUACAGGCUCUUCAAAAAUCCAGUCACGAGAUCCAUGAUCUUCACCACUCUCAUAAUCAGAACAUUUUCCUAAGAGAGUUCAGAAUUUCUUAAUUGCAAAUCAAGCCACUUUUCCUUCAAGUUCUGACUGACAGGAAAAACAGAUGAUCUUACAAAUCUUUUUAGAAAGUUAUUCUGUGUAUGAAAGGAAUUAUCCUCCUUGCAUCACUAGUAUAGUCUUUCCUAGUACCUUUUUUAGUGUUUUCUAGGUCUCUGAUUUUUGCUGUCAUUUCCCUCAUGGCUUCCCGUUUUUCCCAAAUUUCCAUACUUCAGCAGGAGUUUUAUACAUUAACAAGCAAAGCAGAGAAACUGUUGUUGUGGUUUAUGUAAAGCAUAUCAGAAAAUACAUCCCCAGUUAUUUUCUACAAGAACAUCCCGUGGCUGACUUUGAUCUAGUCUGUCUUAUAAUUUCUGAGGAAUUCACUGCUGUCUUCCCAGGAGUUCCAUCUUUAUUUGUGCAUUUGUUUACUACACCUUUCAAAGAAUAACACUUUCAAUUUCUCUUUAUUAAAUUUGUUCUGCUCUAAUCAGAGCAAUUUCCCCACUUCAUCAAGAUCAGUUGAAAUUCUGAUCAUGUCUUCUAGCCUGUUUCAUAAUCUCCAACCUUUAUUAUAUGUGGCUUCAUGCAUGGAUUCUUCAUUCCAUUAAUCUCGGGCUGGGGGGAAGGGCUCUUGUCAAUUUAAUCUAAAAAGUAAUGUGAGUUUCAGUGGGUGCCCAUGAAUACCAUCCCUAUCAGAUAAGGCUCUUUCCAACAGAGCAUUUUAUUAGCAUUUUUUUGAGACAUGGUGUUAUCAUCUUAGAAAAUAAAAAGCUUUCUCUUCCUUUAGUCUUUGUAUGGGUUGCAAUAAUUUACAAAUUUUGAGGCCAGAUGUUGCCUCCAGUCCUGGUAAAAUGGAAAAAAUACAGCAUCCUUAGAAAAACAUAGGAUUUUCUUUUUUAAUCAUAAUUUUCCAGUCUGUAAUGAGUAAAGGUGGCUUUCCAUCUGUCAUUUUUAUACUAAUUCAUUGCUGUAAUAUUUGAGGACUUACAGACAUCCUGUCCCUGCCUCAUGGCAGAUCUUUCCUUAUAUCCCUACACGGUCCUCCCUUGGUUUCCAGAAUUUCUUCACAUUCCCACUUUGCCUCACGUGCUACCAGUUUCCACACUUCCCAGCUUUUUUACUGUAGAGCCCUGCUGGAUUCCUUCCCAAGCCAGAAGUGGUAUCUGUGUUGUCCUGAAUAGUUGACUUUCCAAUAAUUGGCUCAAGAGCUGGGAAAAGGAUGAGUAAUGUAAGAUGGCAAAGGUUUGGACAUCACAGAGGAAUGCUGGCAUUCUUUUAGUGACAAAUUUCACCACUGUCUACUUAUUUCUCCGAUUUUCCCCUGAUCUUUUCCUUAGGCCUGCUGUCCUCUAAACACAGCUGGUGGCCAGAUGCUCUCUGUUCUGGAACAGGGCCAGCUUUCUAAUAGCUAAGACUAUUUUUUCCCCAGCUAAAACUUCUGCCUGCUUGGUUUCAGCUCCGGAGUAGAUUUGUGCAAAGACAGAGGAAACAUCUUUAAAAAGGUGUGAAGGUUUAGUAGCCAGGCUCCCAUUGGCACUAAUGAGAGCUGCUUGCUGAAUCCUCCACAUGCUGCUUUGGACACUGAGCCUUUUUCCACUGAAUAUCCACUGGCUUCCUUCCAAGCGUUGCACAAGUCCUGGAUGAGCUUGUAGGGUGUGAUGUGCUGGGGACUUGCAUAAAUUCUAGUUUUGUUUCAGAGCACAGCAACACGUGCUGCUCUUUAAAGGUUAAAAAGAAAAAGGGAAGUGGUUGGUUUGCACUGAAAUAAACUGCUCUGAAGUGGUGUAGUCAUGAAAAAAAAGAGCAUCUUUUCUUCCCUGCUGUACCUGUGUAAAAUCAGAGGCGAGUUCUGUUAUGGCUGGAAUGCCACCUGGUCUGUGGGGACUCAGGCAUGCAGGACCCUGUUUAAGUGGAGUUUUUUUAAGUUAACACCUUCACAUACUCAGGGUGAGGAUUAGGCCAUCCUACAAAAAGCAGCCAUUCCUAAUGAUUCUAUCUGUGGGUGAAAUCCUGGGAGAAGCUGGGGACCUACAGAACUAGUUGAAGUGAGUUGCACAUAUUCAGGUCCCUCAGGAGCUGGCUCUGUCUUAAAAAUACUGCUGAAAGAUGACACCCUGAAACCUGCAUUCACUGCAUUCACUGAAGUUGUCUUGAAGCCACUAGUUUGGAGUUUUGUUGGUUUUUUGGUUUCUGGGAGGUUUUUGGUUUGUUUUGUUUGUUUGAUUGGUUGGUUUUUGGGGUUUUUUUUGGUGAAUGAGAUUACCUAAAGCCAAUGUCUUUAGUUUGUUUGCCAAAGUGUCUUUCAUGUGAGGCUCUGCAAGUGCUUUACAGAAAUGAAGAGCCUGAUGUUGCUUUCAUCCUUUGGGACAAAGAUGUUGAGAUUUGUAAGAAUUUAAAAAGCUGCCUAGGAUUUGUCCUAACUUUUAAUAAACUACUUUGCAGGAAGUUAGCCUUGAAAUAGCCCUAAGAUAAUAUCUGAAACCCCAUUGAUGAGAACAUUAUUAAUUUUAGAUGUCAACCUAUAAGCAAACAAACCUGCAGCACUUCCAUACAUUUAUAGCAAAACUAUUAUUUUUUAACUUGGUAUUUAUUUUGAGGUAAGGCCUGUUACCUUCAGUGGGUGAAAACUGAGGCUGGCCUCUCUGACCAGAUUAUCACAUUUCACAAUUGCACCUGACCUGCUAUAUGUAACUGGCCCUCAAGUGCAAAAAACAGCAAAGCCAAGUCUUUAGCUGUGGCUCAAUGCUUCAUGACUUUACUGCUGGGAAUAUUAUGCAUGUGGUGCCCAAAGCAAAAGGAAAAUCUGGAAACCUGCAGAAAGGCUAAUGGGAAUUUUUCAGCUGCCUUCAGCGAGCCUUUGAGCUGCGGAAGCAAACCCAGUGUGGGUAGGAGGAGGGCAUUCAGUUUCUUUCUGUUGCCCUUAAGCUGUCAUUCCUUCAGCUCUGUCCAAGGCUUCUUGCAUGGAACAGCCAUGAAUGGCCUAAAAUGUGUUUAUGUUGGAUGCUGCACAGGACUUAAAAUGUGGUAUCUCACCACCUCAAAGUCAAGAGUCUCAUUAGAUGAUGGGUUUUGUGCUUUGCUUGGACUGCUUGUCACUAAAACACCCAGGAAACAUGGCAGCAAUUUAUAAGAGAAGUUGGUUAAAUUCUACAAACACCUUGUGCUUUGCAUGUUUAUUUUGCUAAAUCUGCCCUCUUGAUUAUACCAGAACAGCAACUUUGUUGUUUCUUUUCCUUUGGAGAGGCAUUUUUUCACCUUUCUUUGGGCUGACAGGUUUGUUCUUUCAUCCUGUAGAGGUGGUGACACCGUGUGAAUGGGCGUGCUUAGCUUAGGCACAGGUUUCUGUCCGUGCUGGAUGGCACACUAAAUGAGGAGGUCUUAGUAAGGGAAGAGGAUUAGGUACAAGAAUUUGAAUUUAUAACCUCAGAUCUUCGCCUCUGAUUCCUGAGGUAUACUGUUCACUCUUGCCUAAUUUGUUUCCAAACUCAGAAUUUCUGUGAAAUCAAUGGGAAGGGGAGAGCAGGAAGAGGGGGAGUGGCCCCAUCUCCCACCACUUGCUUGGCAUUCCCAACCAGCCCGGUUGGCUCCAGUCUCUUCAGUGUUCACACAGAGGGUUUGUUUGGUCCCAUGCUCAGAUAUGGCCAUGGAGUUGAAAAAAUUGGUGGCAUUUUCUUGUCCUUAGAAAUAUCUGCACUGCUGCUGCUGCUGGUUAACUUUGGUCUUUCCACUCCCCAUCACCUCUGCUGUAUUAUCAUUAAAACUUCCAUUAUUCAGCUUUGCCCAGCACAGUGAGAGGCAAUCUUGUUUCUUACUGCUUUUCUAAAGCAAACAAAGACAGGGGAAAAGCCUCACCAAAAUACCCAAUCGAAAAUCAUUUAUGGUUUACAAUAAGCCACAAAAGAAAAGGGAGAUGCUCAGAAACCAAAAAGAGACUGCCACUUUUGGAAAAUCCAGUGUGUUAGGAGGUCAUUUUAAUUAAUUAAGGUCAAAACCUUAUUCUGGCAGGGACAGAUUAACAUGUUUCAAAACAUCUGGACUUGUUAUAGGUUCAAUAGAGUCCAGCCUUACCCUUUCCCCUUCCCAGCAGUGGAUAAAUUGAAUAUCCUGUAGCUUACUGCGUGAGAGGCUUUCAGAUGAGCCUUUCCAAAGUCAGGUUCUCUCUGUUCUGCAUAGCUUUUGAAGAGCUCCCAGCACAUCUGCAGGCUGGGAGCCAGCCUCAUGUGCCCCAGUGCUGGUUGUGCCUUACUGGGGCAGAAAGCAGGAAGGAGCACAGGAAGCCUGUGGAGCCUCAUCAGAGUGAAAACUACUUCCUCAGCAUCCAAGCAGUCUCUUGGUCAAAUACCCUGCUUUAACCCAGUCAGUUCAAUACCUUGGGAACUGAUUUUUGCCUUGCAGUUACUAAGCCAAUGACUAAUUGUGCAAUUUGGGAUGCAGUAAAAUGUGCAGUCUUACUUCAGUUGUGAAUUGUUUUUAUCCAUUGAAUACAUGGACUAUGGGAAUGUAUCUCAGAGCUUUUUCUCCUCAUAUUCCUGGCUAAAUUCCAAUUAGUACUAGAAAAACUUGACCUAUUUAAGUCCCACCAGUGCAUUUUGACCAGUAGGUUGCUUCCUGUCCCUGUUUCUCUGGAGACUUGCAGCUGUUGUGCAGCCAUAUGUGCUGUGCCAGUGGGGAACAGAGGUGCCUGAGCAUUAUGCAGACACCAAAUAAGUAAAUCCCACUCUGUGCAGUGCAGGACAUUCCUCCUAUACUGAUCUCUUUGGCAUUAUGGGGAAGGUUGAAUAAUGGACCUCUGCCCCAAGUUAGGAUCAAUGCUCUUCUUCCCCAUUCUCUCUUGGCUCUGCCAUCUACCACAGAGAGGGGGGAAAAGAAAAACCCACAGGAAAUACCACAUUCUCUCAACCCACACUCCCCACCCCCAGUAGCAGGUGGGCUGCUGGUGUCCUUCAGUCCCACUCCUCUGAAAGCUUCUUGUAAUGUGAUUUGUACAUUAGUUAUCCCCAGAACAGACUUUUCAUUAAAGUCUGGAAAAUGUCUUAAGUCAUUCGCGGCAGAAGUGAGAUUGUAAAGUAUUGAAUUCCAAUCAUCCAUGCUGAGAUGUUUCUUUGUGGUUUUUGAUGUUGUGUUGGUUGGCUGGUUUUAGGGGGUUUUUUUGGUUUGGUUUUUUUUUUGUUUGUUUGUUUUGUCUUGGUUUGGUUAUUUUUUAAUUGGGAAGAAAAGAUGAAGCAUGUGCAAUGCUUUGGAUUUUGUGUCUGUAGUUAUAAUUGUGUGUAUGUUCAAGAGAGAGAGAUGGACAGUAAAUAGAUCUCCGGGAUAUGUUAUGAGGCGUGAAAUCAUGUUUGUAAUGAGAUUUCUUGUUAAUGGCAGUCAGCCUUCCUUGACGCUAAGCAUUAAUGCAAUAUCCAUUAGUGCAGCUAAACCUCCCUCUGCUCCACUUUCCCAAAUGGGUUUCACUUUGUACCUAGUUUAGCAUUUAUAAAUAUUUGAUAUAGGGUUCAAGAAGUAAUUUACAUGUUAAAAAUAUAUGAAUGUUCUAUGAAAAAAUACAAGUUAAGAUUUUACUAUAACAUCACUCACAAACCAAAACAUGAAAGCGUGAUGAAAUUUGCUCCAUUAAAAUGGCUGGAAGACUUUUCAUUGAUUUCUCUAGUCUGUGGAUUAGGUCUGUUUUCCAUCUCUCUUUCCUACUGUGUCACCUUUGAAGUUUUUGCAGGCCAAAUACAUAUCUGUAAUUAGAAAGCACAGUCUUUAAAUGGUGAAUGAUCCACUUCUGAAGGGCUAGGUUUGUGUCUUUAUCACUGAAAGCAACACCUAAAAUUCCUGUGUGAGCAUCCUGAGAGGACAGAAGAGCUAGCAGCUCUUUGCUUCCUUUCUCUCUCUUCACAUCCACUCCCAACUGUCCCUGAGAUAUUUUGGAACUGAAAGUAGGAAAGAAAAGUGAAAACAAGAGGAAAGGAUGUGCCAGAAAUAAGAUAUGCAGAACCAUUGCACUUAUCUUGAUUUUUUGCAGAUUUUAGGCAGAUUGCUAAUUUGUGUAAUACAAACCCAGGAAUGGUUACGAUUGUUUUGCAUUUGUUAUGGUUGUUAUGAAUUUGGGUUUGGGUUUUUUUUCUAGCAAAGUGGUUUUGUUUGCCGCCAUCUUUUGUUGGGGUUUUAUGUGAAGGUUUCAUUUCACUUUUUAUUGAGAAGGAAAUGAAAGAUCACAUAACCCAACAGCCAUCAUUAACAAACACAGAGAUCCUGUCCUGCAUCCCACAGAUGUGGCUUAAAUACUGGUUUGUGGCUUCACAGGCAUGUUUGAGGUCAUCUGUAAUCAACAACACAGGUGAAACUUUCUUCCCCUUUGCUUACCCGUUUGUGGUGGAUAAAAACAAAAUAACAGAGUCAGAGAAAGGACAAUAGGAUGGCAGAUGUUUUUCAAUGGGAAAGAUUAUAGCUAAGAAAUACAAAUAUUUCUGGAACCAAAUAUUUUUUUUCAAAAGGACAGAUACACAUCUGUAGCUCAUUCAAAGAUGUCAUUCUCUUGGGUGUGUUAGAUGCUUUUGAAAAUUGCCUGUUUUUGCUGUUAAUGAUCCAGCACAAGCCUUUCCACUGGAGAGACUAACUGAGGGCUCUCAGAACCAAGGUAGAAGGGAAUGUAUGAAAAAUAAGGAGCUCAGCCAUAAUUUGAGGUGGCAGCUUUGUUUGCUUUUGUCCACUGUGUCCACAACUUGAUAAUUAAUUUAAAGGGUGUGUUUCUAUUUAAUUUCUUUUGAAUCAUUUUUUAAAUUGCUGCAGCACUCUCACAGCAUCUUCUCCAAGUGCACCUUAGGUCAUCUUAAACCCCAUUUAAUGUCUGUCUGAUACUGAUCCUUUUAAAAUCUGCAAUGAGAUUACAAGUCAUUUGUCAUUGCUGGAUGACAAAUGAAUCAUAACAUCCUUUUAAAAAAUCGUAUUUUGUUAAGGCUGUAAAAGGCACUGCAACAUGUGAAACCAGCAAGUUGAUUUUUAUUAUUGCAUUACUCUGAAAAAGAAAAAAACAAACAAAUGAGAUCUUUGUUUCAAGUGUGAAAUGCUCCCUGUAGCUUGAGAGGACACGUGCAAAGCCUGUGCUGUGAAUGCCUUGAUAUAAUCAGGUUACAAAAUGGAAGAAAAUGGUAUUUCAGAAAGAUUUUUGAGGAACAUAACUCCAGAACAUGCACUUGCUGAAGACUGCUGUCUUGCUCUGUCUCUCUCCUGAAGUAAGUGGGAAUUUUUAAUGGGAGUUACUGCAAGGCUGUAUGUUUUUUUAAUGCAGUAGCAGAUGUAAUUUCCCAUCCAGUCAUCUGCACAGUUGUGGUUGGUACACCAUAAAGGCUGAAGGCCAAAUCCUGCUGUCAUUGCACGCAGCCCCUCUGCUUGAGCAGGGAUCAUAAAUAUGUACUUACAUUACUUGAGGUUUUUGCUGAAGAAAAAUGGGAGAGUGCAGGCCUUCCUUCUGCUCCUUGAUCACAGGCUUUGCGUUCCCAAUGACUUUUAUUAGAAGCAUCAUAUAUUUACAUGCUGCAGAAUGAGGCCUGCAUGGGAUGGGAAAGAUUUUUAUGAAUUUAGACUUGCCUAAGGAAACAACCGUUCUAAUUUUAGACAAGUUGCAUUCCAUAUCCAUCUGUUUAGUGCAUCAGUUGGAUGUUUACUGUUUAGUAAAUUGCAUUUGGGCUUUCUUUUUUUUAAUUUCUUUUGAGGGCAUCACCUGUCAUCAGCCAGUGUAAAAUAGCACCAAGGACUUCCAGACAUACCCAUAGAGCCAAACUGUGCCAGCUUCCUACACCACAGUUCCAUCAAACAUGAGGAAAGCUGGACCUGGGCACAUGAAGUGCAAUCCCCCUGACAUCCAGUUACAUGUCCUGCCUCAUUUCAUAGAGAUGGAUGACAUCCUGGAAAAGAAAAAAAACCAAAAAAACAAAAAAACCCAACAACACAUGGUACCACUUCAUCCGAGGUAAAAAUGUAUUGAAAUCAAGGAAAUUAUAUUAGACAUGGCUGUAGUCUAUCAAAUUCAGCCCUGUGUUUAGGCAGAACUCCAAGGGAAAGUAACAGGAGUUUCCAUUGUGGAGUUUGCAAGAGGAAGCCUACAUAAUGAACUUGACAAAAUGUCAACUUUGUGUAAACUUUCCUGGUUGGUCUGUAUGAAGUUUUUUUAAGAAAUCUUCAUUGGAAUCCACCAUAGAAUAAUAAACUUGCACCUUGAUAGAAUAGCUUUAUUUGUAUAUACUCUAUGUAAAUUUUAAAUCAGAAGAUACAUGUCAUUCCUUGUACAUAUCUGACUAGAAUGGUGGCAGUGCUGUGCACUGCUGUUUAGGGGAUCCAGCUUCUCAGUCCUGGAUUUCCAGCUGUAAAGGCUGCUUGGGACCAGCUAAAACAUUCGAUGGAUAAAUGCUCACCACUCACUGCUUAGAAUUGCAAGAGCAGGAUUUGGAACAGAUGUUGGCUAUGGAGAAGAUUGCUUGCCUCUACUCCUGGCUAAAGGACAAGUGCCUCCUUUGCUGUCAUCUCCAACAGAAGUGAUUUAUGGUCAGAGUGUGGGAAUCUUCAGAGCCCUGUUUGGUCUUUCAAAGGGGUCUGAGAUUCAGGUGUCAGAUGGGAAGGUCCGUGAAGAAGCAGUGUGUACAUACAUCUACCUACCUGUCUGUCUGUUAUCUAAUAUCCCACUGUUUCUGUAUUGAAUGGUCUCAGUAACCUGUAAACAAGUGAUUGCUCCUGUUGUGCUUCUGCUUUGAAAUCCUUUGCAUGCACUCUGGCAUAUAAUUCUUUAAGAAAAGAAAUUAUACAUAUUAUAUAUACAUAUAUAUAUUGUAGCUUGCAAAAUAUUCAUGUUGAAGAGCCAUGUUUUGUGCAAAUUGUACAUUUAUGUUGUGAGCAAUAUUGCAAUACGAACUUUUAUUAGUUGUCAAUAGUAGAUUUAUCACAUUCUUUUUGAGCGUAUGUACGUAUCCCGAGCUUUCAAACUCAGGCAUUAGAUCAGCUACUGAAGGAGACUUUUUCUGUGCAGUAGAAAUAGCACAGGCUUUCAGUAAAUAGACAGGUGUGCAAGUCCCGUUCUGUUUAAUGCAAGUUGUGAGGCUGAUUCUUCAUGCAGGUUGUCAGGCAAAUACUCUCUUUUCAGUGCUGGAAUUCGUGUUUGGUAUGAGGACCCUGUUGCACUCAUCUAGAACAGAACUCAAACCCCAACGUUGCGAAACAAAGUGCUUGACUCCUACUGCCCUCUGUCUCCGCAGGUGCUCCAAUAUAAACACAAGGAGGACUUAAGGAACUCCAGGUUCCCUGCCGGAUAGCCAAUGAUAUAUUUUCAAAUGUUCAUGCUACAUAGUUUUCAAUGUAGGGGCUAGAUAAAAGUGUAAUACAGUACAGCUUUAGAAAAGCUACAGUGUUUGGAGCUUGACCUUGAAACUUUUACCUGAUUCCUGAACAUCAUCGGUGGCUUUGUUUGCUCAAUGUUUACCUCUGAGAAAUGCUGUAUGCUAUUGAUUUAAAUGUUUAAUAUAUUGACUGCCUUUUUUUGUAUAUUUGUUAUCAUAAAGGUUUGGUUUAAAUGCUAACAAUUGUGGUCUAUUUUCAGACUUGAAAUACUUACAGUUCUGUAUUUGGAAGGCAAAGUUAUUAAUGAAUAUAGCAAUUUGGUAUUUUAUUCCUGUUUUAUACAGCUGCCCCCAUAGGUUAUUAUCAGAUAGCAAUGAAUAUUGCUGAACAGCAGGUGGAACUCCUUUGAGUGUGUUUAUGAGCCAUCUCUGUUCAAUAAAAAUUCCAUUGUUUUCUAGCCUAGGAAA